AUGUCACUACAGCCUGUCGAGGAGCCGCCCAAGCGGCGCUCCACGCUGCUGACAGUGUGCCCCUUCAUCCUGGGAAAUGAGUUCUGCGAGCGCCUGGCCUUCUACGGACUGUCCACCAAUCUCAUCAUCUACCUGACACGGGUCAUGGGGGAGGACAACGGCUUUGCCGCCAUCCAGCUCAACCUGUUUGAGGGGACGUGCUACCUGACGCCGCUGCUGGGCGCGUGGCUGGCGGACUCGAUGUGGGGCCGCUACAAGACCAUCAUCGUCUUCUCGGUCAUCUACUUCCUGGGCAUGGUGCUGCUGGCCGUGUCGGCGGCGCUGCCCGGCCUGACCCCCACACCAGACAAGUACGCCUCACCGCUGCAGAACGCCGUGCUGUACGGCUCUCUGUACAUCAUAGCCCUGGGUACCGGCGGCAUCAAGCCGAACGUGUCUGCCUUUGGCGCGGACCAAUUUGAUGAGGCGGACCCUCAGGACCGGCGCGAGAAGACCUCCUUCUUCAACUGGUUUUACUUCUUCGUCAACAUCGGCUCGCUGCUGGCGGUGACGGUCAUCGUGUGGGUGCAGGAGAACAUCAGCUGGGCGGUCGGCUUUGCCGUUCCCGCCGCCGUCAUGGCCUGCGCCAUCCUCACCUUUGUGGCCGGCAGCCCGCUGUACACGCACAUGGGCUCCUUCUUUGUGGCCCAGGGCGUGAAGAUGGACAGCGCAAUCGGGCUGCCAGGCGGCGGCGCCUUCAUCAUCCCCGCCGCCAGCCUGGCCGCCAUCAACACGGUGGCGAUCGUGGUGCUGAUCCCCAUCUAUGACAAGCUGCUGGUGCCCGCCAUGCGGCGCCUGGGCAGGACCAUCACCCUGCUGCAGCGCAUCGGCUGGGGCCUGGUGGUGUGUGUGGCUAGCAUGCUGAUGGCUGGCUAUGUGGAGUAUCACCGCCUCAGCCUGUGCAACGAGGGCACCUGGCAGCCAGACGGCUCCGACGGCGGCGGCGCCGGCAUCGGCGGCUGGCUGCUGGGUGGGCUGCGCGGUGGCGGCGGCGGCGCCAACAAGCACGACGAGUGCCUGCAGGCGAUGAGCGUGUGGUGGCAGGUGCCUCAGUACCUGCUGGUGGGGCUGUCUGAGGGCCGCCUGGACCUCUUCUUCCUCUGCCUGGCCGCCCUCAUGGCCCUCAACCUCCUCAUCUUCCUCUGGGUGGCCGCACGCUACGAGUACAAGGCGGUGGAGCACGUGAAGCGCGUGGUGCUGCCCCGCAGCCUGCAGAGGCCGCCACGCCCGCCGCCGUUCCCGCCUCGCUCGCAGCCCGUGGACAGCCUGGGGGCGUCGCGGGCGCACCCGCAGGCGGUGCCUGGCGCGGCGGGCGUGGCCAGCUCCCCAGCACCUUCCAUCUUCUCCCGCUCCGUCACCUUCAUGCCCAAGUCCCCGGCCAUGCCCGCGCCGAUGCGCUGA